CUGAACCCUGGAUAGAGUGGAAAUCCAGAGUGGGGUUGUGGCCAAGGAGCCAGAGGUCACUUCCAGCUUUGUACACAAGCGGUGGUGCCAGGGCCCUGCAGGAAGUGCAGGGCCAGGCAGGAUUCCAGGGCGAGCUCACGGGGGCGGAGGGCGCCCUGGCCCGCGGUGGCAGUUUGGGGAGGCCGGAAGAUGGUCACGGACCUCCUGGGUGGCACUGGCCAAUGGACUCUGACCCUGGUCGUGGCCACCCUGUCCUGCCCUCUCCCAGCCUCAUCACUGCUGCUGCCACCGCCAUGCUGUCCCCCAGGACUGCACUCCUCUUGACUCUGCUCCUGGCCCCGGGGUCCUUGGCCCAGAGGGCUCGCCGACCCCCUCGGCCCCCGUCCCCCAUCAGCACCAUCCAGCCCAAGGCCAACUUCGAUGCUCAGCAGUUUGCAGGGACGUGGCACCUCGUGGCCGUGGCCUCCUCGUGCCGCAACCUGCAGGAGCAGGGCCACCGGGCUGAGGCCACCGCGCUGCACGUGGUGCCCCAGCGCUCAGCCAUGGCCGUCAGCACCCUCCGGAAGCUGGACGGGAUCUGCUGGCAAGUGCGGCAGCUCUAUGGAGGCACAGGGGUGCCCGGCCGCUUCCUGCUCCAAGCCCGAGGUGCCCGUGGGCCGGUGGACGUGGUCGUCGGGGAGACGGACUACGGGGACUUCGCGGUCCUGUACCUGGAGCGCGCCCGGCGGCUGUCGGUGAAGCUGUACGUCCGCUCCCUCCCCGCGGGCGACUCCGUCCUGAGCACCUUCGAGCAGCGGGUCCAGGGGGCCAACCUGACGGAGGACCACAUCCUGUUCUUCCCCGCCUACGGCUUCUGCGAGGCUGCCGACCAGUUCCACGUCCUGGACGCCGCGGACUGUGGGCCCCGCGGAGGCGCCUGUGGGGGCCCUGCCCGUAGGGACAGCCCCGCGCAGCUGGGCCCGGCGCCUCCCGCCUGA